AUGGCGUGGAGGUGCAAUGGCAGAACGCAUCCAGAGCUCAUCAGCAAGCUGAGAGUUUUGUUGAAUUGUCUCUUCUGUGUUUCUCCUCCAGAUCGUGGGGUGAUCCACAGUGAAAAAGUAUUUGAUGUCAUGAUGGCUACAGACAGAGGGCUCUACUCCAGAGAUUAUCCUUAUGCAGACUCUCCUCAGUCCAUAGGCUACAAGGUCGUGAUCAGUGCACCACACAUGCAUGCUCAUGCUUUAGAGCUGUUAAGUGACAAACUAACAGAAGGGGCAUCAGCACUGGAUGUGGGCUCAGGAAGCGGGUAUCUCACUGCCUGCUUUGCAAAAAUGACAGGACCUAGCGGGAGAGUGGUCGGCAUUGAACACAUCGACGAACUGGUUCAAAUGUCAAUAAAAAACGUGCAAGCUGACGACCCAGAACUGCUCUCCUCUGGACGCAUCAGAUUUGUAGUGGGAGACGGAAGACUCGGCUUCCCCGACGGAGCACCCUAUGAUGCUAUUCAUGUUGGUGCAGCUGCAGCUACUGUUCCUAGGGCUCUCUUGGAGCAGCUGAAGGCAGGCGGGAGAUUGGUUCUGCCAGUGGGCCCAGACGGGGGCAGUCAGACGUUAGAACAGUACGAGCGGCAGAGUGAUGGGACCUUCCUCAAAAAAGCUUUGAUGGGAGUGAUUUACGUUCCCCUCACUGACAAGAGACAUCAGUGGCCUGGUGAGCUCUGACUGCAGUGUGGCUGCCCCUGCAGGAGGUGGCGA